UUACCAUGCGUUGUUUCAUUGUUUGUUAACGAAAUAGCUUCUACCUAAUUAUUUUAUGAGGGUUAAAUCUUAAGAUAUAUCAAGUCCACGGUACCGAAGUAACGAACUUGUUACUUUUUUGUGAAUCAGUCCAUUGUUUGACUGCAUCGCAAUCAGUUUUAAUACUAAACAAAGGCAGUUGGUGCCUGACUAGAAGAUCAAUAGUAUACAUCAUGCUUACUCCACGUUUUAAAUUAACGCAAGACGACAACCACAUAUUCGUAACAGUUCACGCACCGUAUACAAACAUUGGAGAUACAGAAAUAGAUGUUGAUGGCGAAAAUUUCCUUUUUGUGUCUAGUCCUUACUUCCUUCGAUUGCGAUUACCUGGCAGGAUCGUUGAUGAUGAUCGGGCAAAAGGUUCAUACACUUGUGAUUCGGGAGACUUCAAUCUCACAUUUGAAAAAGAAACUGCCGGGGAACAUUUUGAGAACCUUGAUAUGAUCACAAAUUUACUAGCACCUCGUGAUAUACCAGAUGUCAAUCCUAAUCUAGUUGAAAUGCUUGAAGAAGAUGGAAUUACCCUGGAAAAUGAUAGUGACAGUGAGAACUUAGAAAAAUUCACAUAUGGCUUUGCUAAUAAAAUAUCCAAUGAAUUUUGCAGCAUCGGAAAUGAAUUUCCACAAAUUUUUGAAUUAAAAGCACCUGAAAAUGUUGCUGUGGACGAACGUAAUUCUAUGAGGAUGAAACAUGAAAAUGAUAAAUUCUCGUCUGAUCAUUAUCUAGCAGACUUUUUUGAUGAUGAACUUCUUGCACCCUACUUAUCAUCCACUUCUUAUUGGGACAAAGGGGAUUUCAAAAAUGAAGUAGAAUUUACAGAUGAAGAAGUAGCCAUAUUAAAAGAAUUGCCAAACAAGCAUUAUUUGCUAAGCAAAGAAGAGUAUAGAGAAAUUAUGCUCGGAUUAAUAGAUAUCUUGUUUGGGUAUUGCUACGACAAAAGAACAACAUUAAAUGAAAGCACAGUGGAGUCAAGCUGGACCAUAAACAAGCUUUCUUCAACACUAAGUUGGUUCUGCACUUUCUUAGAUACAAGACAUGUUUUGAUUGCAUGCUACAGGAGAGCACUCACUUAUCCGAUAUUUAGGAACUAUGAGCUGUGUAACAAAGUAAAGAAUGAUCUAGUAUCACUAUUACGUAAAGGCAAGAAAUUGGUAAUAAAAUGUAUGAUUGAAGUACAUCAAAUGUUCAACACUAGUAAUGAUGCACGUUAUAUCUUAAACCAGCUUUAUAUCAAAGACUAUUUGGUGUUCUUACAAAAAUGUCGUAAUGAGGAAAUCAUGGAAAUAUGCAAUAAUAUAGCUAAUAUUGAGCUCUGUAAAAAAGAUUUGAACUUAGAGUUAGAUGAAUUGGAAAUGGCUGCUGAAAUGGUUAAACAGGAAGAAACUGAAAUCAUGGAGAAUGAGAUGGCCGUCCAAAUGGCUUCCAUGUCUUUACUACCGGGACUGAAAAAGAAUAUUGCUCCAUACCUUGAUGAGAGUGAUGAUGACACUGACAGCUCAACGGACUCAAGUGAUGAUAGUUCUUCUGAAGAUUCCUCUGAUGAAGGCCUAGAUUCUGAUGAUGAUCCAUGAAAAACAAGAGGAGUGUAAAUAAUUCAAUUCUCGAAAGACACUAAUUAGUGUGAAUUUGCAUGUUUUGAUUGCACUUAAUUUGGUUCAUGCAAUCAAUUAAUGAAUUUAUUUUAUAAAUUUUAAGAUAUUUGAAUAUGUUAGAAAGACUGAAUAGUUUAGUGUCAAGAGAAUAAAGGGCUGGUUUAAAGGUUUGAAAGAUUCUAUAAUAAUUAAAAAAUUUAAUUAUAUAUUAAUUCAUCAUUAAAUUCUAUUUAACCUAUGGCAGAGUUUCAGACAUUUGAUAACCAAUACUUUCAAUGUUAUUUUGAAAGUUGUGUGCACAAAUGCACAGCCCACCUGAUUUGAAGUGAUAGAAUGUCCUAGCCACUAUUAUUCUGUGGCAAAGAUAGGCAUGGCUGUAGAGUCUACACACUGCCUCCUGCAAACUGCAUAGGUACUUGAAAUUUAAUAAUUUUAUUAUAAUGUAACACUGCCAUUUUUUAAAGAAGGCAAUUAUUUAUGUUAAGCAAAACUAUAGUAGUGUUCAGUUUCUUCUCAAUUUUCAAGAAAAUUAAUCAUGUAUCUCUAAGUCUAGAUUAGCAAUCAAUGAUCGAUUACUGACUGCAAAGUGUAGUCUAAAGUAAGCAUAUUAAAAACUGAUUAACCAAAUCGUUGAGAAAUGAGAACAUUUUUAAUAAACAAAAUUAUCUAUGUAUUGACAUUUUCGUGAAAUAAAUAA